AUGUGCUUUUAUUUUGUUUGUUGCUCAGUUUCUGAUUUUAUCCUAUAUCUAGUGGCUAUAAUAUUCCCACCAGCAGCCGUUGUGCUUAGAUCUGGAUGUUGUUCUAUUGAUUUUUUUAUUAAUAUUUUACUGACAAUACUAGGAUUUGUUCCUGGUAUGUUGCAUGCUUUUUAUUAUAUUACUAUCACUAGUCCAUUAAGAAACAAUACAGAAUACCUUUACGUUUAUCAAGAAGGUUAUGUCCAAGAUCCAGAGAGAUUAGAUAACGCUGUUCAAAAUUCAACCCCUACUUUACAGACUCCAUUAAUAUAUGGCUCUCAUAGUGACCAUCAUUCAUCGACUGAUAGGCCCAGCAAUGGUCAAAAUGAGACUAAGAAGAGUUCCACUCCUGCACCCCCUCCUUAUACAGAAUUACCAUGA